AUAUCAUGUGAUUCAGGUGUUCCAAUCCCCUCCAUAUCAUGUGAUUCGGGUGUUCCAAUCCCCUCCAUAUUAUGUGAUUCGGGUGUUCCAAUCCCCUCCAUAUCAUGUGAUUCAAGUGUUCCAAUCACCUCCAUAUCAUGUGAUUCGGGUGUUCCAAUCCCCUCCAUAUCAUGUGAUUCGGGUGUUCCAAUCCCCUCCAUAUCAUGUGAUUCGGGUGUUCCAAUCCCCUCCAUAUCAUGUGAUUCGGGUGUUCCAAUCCCCUCCAUAUCAUGUGAUUCAGGUGUUCCAAUCCCCCCCAUAUCAUGUGAUUCGGGUGUUCCAAUCCCCCCAUAUCAUGUGAUUCGGGUGUUCCAAUCCCCUCCAUAUCAUGUGAUUCGGGUGUUCCAAUCCCCUCCCAAUCAUGUGAUUCAGGUGUUCCAAUCCCCUCCAUAUCAUGUGAUUCAGGUGUUCCAAUCCCCUCCAUAUCAUGUGAUUCAGGUGUUCCAAUCC